AUGAAGGGACCUAAAUAUGUAGAGUAAGACAUAAUAAAGAGGGUUUGUUAAGCUGAGUAAUUCUAAUAACAUAAAUUUAAAUUGAUAAACACUAGGUCUGAUCCAUAUUUAUCAAGAAGACAUGUUUUAUAAGACAAUGAUAAAUACUAAUAAAUACGAGCAAAUAAAUUCUAUACCAAAUUGCAAGUGGAUUUAUAAAAGGAGCAACGAUUAUUCAAGGAAAAUGCCAAAAUCCUUAAUCGAAUCGUAGAUAUAGGAAAUUAAAAAACUUACUCAUCUCUCCCCAAAAGAUCACUGACCAGAUAAAGUUCUGCCAAUUCAAUUAAGUCUCUUAAUUUAUCUUACAGAAAGAAAGAGGCAUUGAAAAUAGUUGGGGAAAAUGAAAAAUUGAUGCAGCGGUUAUAGAGAACCCCUUCCACAUUUAGAAAUAAAGAAACUUUUCUUAAGGAUUACAAAAAGACAGUCGAACUCAAGAAUAGAAUCUCAAAAUAUUCAUAGCAAAAUCAACAAAAGAUGGGUAAAAUAGUUCAGAGAUUAACCAAAACUACAACCAAUCCUAAGUUUAACAAAUCCAAUUAAAGCAAAACCAGUGCUCCAUCCUAUAAGAAUUCUGCCCUGUCCUAAUUACGUAUUGAACCUGACAGGUAGUAAUAAAAGCUAUAGUUCCCCAGAAUAAAAUGA